GCUGCUAAGUUGCCCAGGUUGGGCUUGAACCUGUGAUUCUCCUGCCUCAGCCUCCCAGAGUGCUGGGUCGCUGGUGUGCACCACCGCACCUUCUCCACAAUUCUGAGUUAAACUCACUUUCUUACCCCAAACCUCACCACAGCUGGCACCCAACGCCUGCCCCGAUGGCUCCCCGCUCCUUCGGCAAGUCCCCCAAAAUCCCCACCGGUGACUUCUGAGUCCUUCUGCCUAAGGGAGGGGAGGCAGCUGGCAAUGUGUGCGGGAAUUCCUUCCCCCAGUGAGGGGGGAGGUGUCCAGCCUGUCCCUGGGGAUUUCCUGGUGUCCCUGGGUGUCCUUGUCACAUGAAGAAUAUCUGAGGGUGGGGCUGCCUCCCCAAGGCUCCGUUCCUGCAUCUCUGUGGCCUGGAGCCUGGAGGGGGGCUCAAAUUUUCGACCCUCCUGCCUCAGCCUCCCAGAGUGCUGGAAUGACAGGCAGGCACCACCAAGCCCUGCUCAUCUUUGUGUCUCUCUGCGUCUCACUCUAUCCCUCUACCCUCUCCUGUCCUUGUCCCUGUCCUUCUCUGAGUUCUCCUCCCCAUCCCCUUCUCUGGGGUUUCCCCAGCAAUGCUGCUACCGGAAGGAAGGGCCCAGCACGUCCUGCUGUGCUGGGAAAGGCCAUGGGGUCACUUCUCUCUUUUUUGACCUCCUCCCUGCCCCCACCCUCAGGGAAUUCCACAACAAACUUGGUGGCUGCAGAGGGGACUGGGAACAGCUCUGCCAUUCUGUGCAUUCUCCAGCAGCCCCACAAAUCCAGCCCAUGAGUCAGCCCUGGGGAGCCCGUUGUGGCACUGGGCUUUCCCUGGGCGGGUCCCCAGCCUUCUCCUGGACUGGCCUCUGUGUCCUCCACCCGAACUCUGGAGAGCAGAAGCCAAAGCUGCAGAAGCCGGCAACCAUGACCCCAAGGCUGCUCCUGCUUCUCGCCCUCUGGAGCGGCUGUUUGCCCUGUGGUGGCGUGAAAGUGACUCUGAGCCAGCCCCGGGUGCAGUGCCGGGCCUCCAGGUACCCGGUUGCCGUGGACUGCUCCUGGACGCUGUCGCCGGUGCCCACAGCCACCUUCAUCGCCACAUACAGGCUUGGUGUGGCCACACAGGGGGAGAGUCGGCCCUGUCUGCAGCCUGUCCCGGAGGCCACGCACUGCUCCAUCCCUGACAUCCAGCUGUUCUCCAUGGUGCCCUACGUGCUCAACAUCACCGCCGUCCACCCCAAGGGCGCCCGCAGCACCUUGGUGCCCUUCAUGCCCGAGCGCAUUAUCAAACCAGACCCUCCAGAAGGUGUGCGCUUGAACUCCCUCCCUGGGCGGCAGCUCCAGGUGCAGUGGGAGCCCCCGCGGUCCUGGCCCUUCCCGGAGCUGUUCUCUCUCAAGUACUGGAUCCGCUACAGGCGGCAGGGAGCCAUGCACUUCCGCCAGGUGGGCCCCAUCGAAGCUACAGCCUUUGUCCUCAGGUCUGUGUGGCCCCAGGCCAAGUACUACAUCCAGGUGGCGGCCCGGGACCUCACAGAUUUUGGGGAGUUGAGCGACUGGAGCUUCCCUGCUGUCAUUUCCAUGGCCCUGGCCAAGUAGUGGGGACCCUCAGCAGCCCUAGGGGUCAUGGGUCCUGGACCCCCACUGCUGCGGACUGCUGGGGAUGGAUGGGACCUGCCCGGCCUGGGUUCCAGUCCCGAUUUUGCUGCUGCCUGGCUGCGGGGCCACCUUGGGCGAGUGACUUUGCCUGUCUGAGCCUCAGUUUCCAACCCAUGGAAUGAGAAUAUGAUGUCUCUUCUGAUCACGGUGCAGUUGUGAAUGGCAGGUACUUGUAACAAAAUUAAAUUAGAGCUCGGUGGUUCUGCCACCUGCCUCACAAGCGCAAGGUGCGGAGUUCAAUUCCGGUACCAAAAAAAAUAAAUAAAUUAGAAAAGAAUCGUUGUUGCUGGGUCCUUCCUCUCUCAGUCUAUUUUGUGCUUCGAUAAGAGUG